GUCCAUCUCCGUCCUUCUCCGUCUUCUAACAAUAGCCAUGCACCUCGCGAUAUGCUCAAAUCGCAAAUACGAAACAGCUAUCAUUUCAACUAAUUCUAUUUCCUAGUGUGAAAAUGAAACCUGGAGUAUGGAGUAUGCGGGUACUCUUGCUCCAAUCUAACGUCAUUACGCUUUGGCAAUCGGGUAAUUUUGUCAAGAAAUAAGACAAUCUCUCAAGCCAUCUCACUUCAGAAUCUAAGAGCUACUCGUAGAGCAAAUCUAGACAUAAAAAAAUGAAUACAUAAAGCUCAUGUGAUGCUGCACAAGAGAACCAAGGGCAGACAUUCUAAUUCUCUUCAUCACAAAUCCCUCGCUUAUCAUAGUUAUGGCCCAAAACACAGCAUCGUUCGAUCAGGCCUCUAAGAUUGAACAAUCUAACGGCGAAAAUGCCACACAUCUUGAGAGACUGCAAACUGAUGGCGGGCAUGUGGACGACCGAACACAACCCUCUCUUCCCAUUGUCCAUCGACGAUUUGCAAAUCCUUCUCCGUUGGGAUUACUUUCUUUUGCAACUGGCAUAUUCUUAAUCUCCAUAUUCGGAGUUAAUGUUCGCGGAGUAGCGACUCCCAAUGUGUUGAUUGGCGUCCUGGUAUUCUUCGGAGGGGUAUGCCAAUUCAUCGCCGGUAUUAUGGAGUUUUUCAGGGGAAACACUUUUGGAGCAACGGUGUUCCCCAGUUAUGGCGCAUUCAACCUUUCUUAUGCCAUGAUAUAUCUACCUGGAUCUGGAAUCAUGGCGGCGUAUACCGACCCAGAGACUGGCCAACUCAAUAGUCAGUUUGCAACCGCCCUAGCUAUGUACCUAUGGGCGUGGUUUAUCCUAACUGUAAUCUUCACUGUGGCUGCCAUGCGCUCCUCAUGGGUCCUGUUCCUGGAUUUGUUUUUCCUAGAUCUUGUUCUGAUCUUGCUCGCAUGCGGCUACAUGUUAGACAUGAAGAUUUUAGAGACCGCUGGAAGUGCAUUGGGUUUUGUGGUUGCUUUUUUGAGCUAUUGGGCCGGGACAGCUGGACUUUUUGCAAAUGGGAUCACUAGCAUCAAUAUCCCCGUAUUUCCAAUGUACAAAGGCGUUUGAAUGAUAGGGAUUACUUGGCGUAGAAAUCAUCUUAAUCAAACAUAUUUAAUACUCACAUGUAUCUCCUUAUGUUAGCACUACUUCAGAUUCUCGAUGAACUGAGUGGUUUAACUGAUAAAGUAUCCAAUUAGAGUCA